UUUACACGAUAAUCACAAUAAAAUUUGCUGCGCAAGUAAUUCAAUAGCCCUGUAUCACAGUGUAGAAGUUUAUCAUAUACCUGUGUUUGAAAUUCACAAUGGCCGAUAUCCCUAGGUAUUCCAGAAAAACAAAAGUUCCUAGGAGGGCCUUGAAAUUAUCAGACUUCAUUUGUUUCGUAUAUCAGACCAGACCUCAAAUUGAGCAUAGAAACCGAGUUUGGAAGACACGAGGAAUAAAUCGAGCAGUGAACAAUGUACAGAGAACCGAUAGGUUUUGCCUACAAAAUAACGGACAGCAUUUUGAACAUCUGCUAUAAUUUACAUCUGCUUAUUUAUGAUUAUUAUCAUUACUGUCAAUAAAAUUUUCAUUUUGUGUUCAGGUUC